AUUUACACAAUUCCUUAUGCUCUGCUACAUAACUUUACUUGUCAUUGUUGCCAAUAGCAGUUUGAGCAAAUAAGUUUACUUACAUCAGUUGGAAAAUUCUUUCAACUAAUGGAGUGAAGAGAGUAUUUCAAGUAAUUCCUUUUACACUCUCCCUGCAGAUCACUCUUAUUAUAGCAUUGAUGUAAGUUUAGAGCAUGAGGAUCAAACCUUUCUUCUUGUCCAACUUGUUACCGAAUAAGAUUAACUAAAUUUUAACUAUAUAAAAAUUUCAAGGUAUAUAAAAUAAUAUUCUAUAAAGUUAUUUAGAUGGCUAAUUGGAAAGACACGUAGUAGUGUACAAUGAACAUCAUAAAUAGAAUAUUAUUUAGGUUAUUUCAUAAAACAACACAAAGCAUAAAAUAAAAGUAACUCCUUUGAUGGAAUUAGGAAACAAUUGCUUGAAUUAGUGUAAUCACCAUGGUCUAUGUCACGUAACAUAUUUAAAUAUUGUUAGAAAUAAUAAUGUGAGUGUUUUUAAGGAUACUUCGGAAAUGAUUGCCAUUCACAAGUUAUUAAAUUUUCUGAUUCUUCAAAUUUGAAUUUAAAUGUUCCAGAAAAGAUGCAAUACUAUGUUAUGGAGCUAAAAGAACAAAAAAAAUAAGUUGAGAUAUCCUUCUUAGUAAGAUAUGUUAUUAUUUUUAAGCUUGAAAUUUAUGAGGAUCUAAAGGUAACAUUUUUCAAUGACAUCAAACUAUAGUCUGAGACCUUAGUUAAGGGAGAUAAAAAGGUUAUGCGCCUUGUAGCGGAGCUAAAUUUUUCACAGAUUACAAAAAAUUUAGCUAUUUUCUCAGCAGAAAAAACUAUUAAUAAAAAAUAACAUAUUCUAACAAGCCUAUCUACUAAGAAGGAUGAAGAGAGUUUCAAAUUUAUGACCAAAAUGAAUCUAGGAGUAUUUGCAGGUUCGAUCUUAGUGUUAGUUGUGGUGAUAAAGGGCCCAGUAAUUAUAAGAUGUUGUUGCUCAUGAGAAUUUUAUAUUUAAG